UUGAUGUAUUUUGGGGUGUUUUGAGGUGUUUUUGGCCGAUUUUGGGCUGUUUUUGGCCGAUUUUGGGGUGUUUUGGGAUGAUUUUGGGGUGUUUUUGGCCGAUUUUGGGCUGUUUUUGGCCGAUUUUGGGCUGUUUUUGGCCGAUUUUGGGCUGUUUUUGAUGUAUUUUGGGGUGUUUUGAGGUGUUUUUGGCCGAUUUUGGGCUGUUUUUGGCCGAUUUUGGGGUGUUUUGGGAUGAUUUUGGGCUGUUUUUGAUGUAUUUUGGGGUGUUUUGAGGUGUUUUUGGCCGAUUUUGGGCUGUUUUUGGCCGAUUUUGGGCUGUUUUUGCCCCCCAGGACUGGCAGGUUCGGUACCAGCAGGACGCUCCCGUCGCUCCUCGCUUCGAUGUCAACGCUCCCGACCUUUAUAUCCCAGCCAUGUCCUUCCUCACCUACAUCCUCCUCGCCGGCCUCGCUUUGGGCACCCAAAACAGGUUUUCUCCCGACAGCCUGGGUUUGGUGGCGAGCUCAGCCCUGCUGUGGUUGCUGCUGGAGAUCCUGAGCGUUCUGCUGAGCCUUUACCUGGUGACCGUGAGCACCGACCUCACCCCCAUCGACCUGCUGGCCUUGGCUGGCUACAAAUACGUGGGGAUGAUCGUGGGGCUCGUGGCCGGGCUGCUGCUCGGGGGCCUCGGAUACUGCGUGGCCCUGAGCUGGUGCUGCCUCACGAUUUUUGUGUUCAUGAUCCGGACUCUGAGGCUGAAGCUGCUGUCGGAGGCGGCGGCCGAGGGCGUUUUGGUGCGCGGUGCCAAGAACCAGCUGCGCAUGUACCUGACCGUGGCCAUCGCCGCCGCCCAGCCCCUCUUCAUGUACUGGCUCACCUUCCACCUGCUCAGGUGAGCAGGAAUCCUGAGACCCCAAAUUCCUGAGGGGGGGAUUAAAAAAAAAAAAAAAAAUCUCCAAAAUUCCAGAGUUUUUCCCCCCCGAGAAAAAAUUCCCGCGGUUUUCGGUCGCGUCGAUAAACGGAAUUUGAAGAAGUUUUGGUGGAUUUGGGUUGAAUUUAUGGGGGGGAUUUUGGGAGGAAUUCUGGGGUUUAUCCCAGUUUUUGGAAGGGGUGGGAGAUGGCCCAGAAUUCCCAAAUUCCCAGGAAAAAUCUCCAAAAUUCCAGAGUUUUUUCCCCCCCAAAAAAUUCCCGCGGUUUUCGGCCGCGUCGAUAAACGGAAUUUGAAGAAGUUUUGGUGGCUUUGGGUUGAUUUCUUUGGGGAAUUUUGGGAGGAAUUUUAAGAGUUUAUCCAAAUUUUUUGAGGGGGUUGUGUAGUUGGGAAUGCCCCUGAAUUCCCAAAUCCUGAAAAAAAAUCCCAAAAUUCCAAAGAUUUCUCCCCCCCCAAAAAAAAAUUCCCGUUCUUCUCUGUCGCUUCAAUAAAUGGAAUUUGAAGAA